AUGGGCAUUCCAGAAGUUACUGAAGCUAUAUCUGCACAGGAUGUCAAUGAAGACUCAUUCACAAAACUUAAUGGUCGCAAGAACCAAUCUGUCACCAAACCAGUAACAGUGGAUUCUGAAACGGGUGAAAUUCUUGUCCGUAGAGCUACAGGAAAAGCAAGAGUUCGUCGUGGUCAAACUGAAGAAGAAUAUAACGAACAAUUGCGUCAAUAUUUUACUGAAGAAAAUGGACCAACUAGGACUGAGCCAAAUUUUAUGGAUAAUGUCAAUGAUUUUGAUGAAAAGUUAGAUACUAUGGAUUUAUCAAUCAAACAAAAUCGUUUACGUUUACAGGCUUAUCCACAAAGAGCAUAUUAUAGGAGAAAUUAUUCAAUUUGUAAAGACUUGUGUUCAAAAUUGAUCCUCAAGGUGAAAGACAUUCCUAAGAUUCAGCGUGAACUUGAAGAAUUAGAAUAUAUGCAAAACCAAUGCAUGUUACGCUUAUCUAAAGAGUAA